AAGCAGAACAACAACUCACACAGAGUAACUACAAUGAUGGACUGCCGUGAUUUCACCACUCUUUUGCCCCGACCUCGUCUGCAGCAGUUUGCUCGUGACUGGUUGGCCGAGGAUGCGCCCUGGUUAGAUAUUGCUGGUUGGGCAGCUUCCCGCCGUAAUCCAGGUGGACAGGAAGAGGCGGUGCUACUAUGCAAAUCUGCAGGCAUGCUGGCAGGGGGCCCAUUCUUCCAAGCGGUAUGUGAGGAAGCUGGAUGCACUGUCCAAUGGGAUCACAGCGAUGGAGAAUGGCUGGAACCAGUCACAAGGGUGGCUACUGUCAGAGGUCGUGUGAAUGACCUACUGCUGGCGGAACGCCCUGCCUUGAAUGCUCUGUCUCGUAUCAGCGGAGUGGCUACUGUAGCGAGGGAGGCGGCUCAGAAAGCAAAAGCCGUAGGGUGGCCAGGGCAGGUCACCGGGACAAGGAAGACCACUCCCGGGUUCCGCCUGCCUGAGAAGUAUGGACUGUUGGUGGGAGGAGCUGGCACUCAUAGAUAUGGGACCACUGAUCUGGUCAUGUUAAAGGACAACCAUGUCUGGGCCAUGGGAGGAGUCAAAGAGGCCCUUGAUGGUGUUCGCGCUCUCGCUGGGAAAACUUUGAAGGUGGAAGUUGAAUGCAGAUCCCUGGAAGAAGCAUUAGAUGCUGCUGCAGCAGGAGCGGAUAUUGUCAUGCUGGAUAACCUAACCCCUGAGUCGCUCCAUGCUGUUGCACUUGCCGUGAAAUCCAGUUAUCCGUCCGUUGUGAUAGAGGCCAGUGGGGGGGUCACACUUACCAACUUGCACCAGUUUCUGGGAGCUCAUGUGGACAUGGUGUCGAUGGGAUGUCUCACCCAGGGAUCACCCAGCAUUGACUUCUCAUUGAAACUCAGCCACGGUCUCUGUAGGAGAGACACGGACUCUAGCCUCUAAGCCACGGACUCUAGCUACGUACAUGUUGAUGCUUUGAUCAUACUUUAUUUCUCAUUCCUAUUUUAAGAAGACACUAGAACACAAUAAAGGGAGCGAUAUGUAAAAUAAAAUGCAACCACUAAGCAAUGUGCACAAAUGCUAAAAAUUAUAAUAAACACAAGAAAUUCU